AGAAUGCAAAGAAGAAGUUUGCAAGAACACCUAAUCUCCAUAGUUAUAACAAUACUAUGGAAUAUAUCAUAAGAAACAACUUCGCCAAAAUCAACAUUUACUACGAAAUUAAACAGUACGAUUCAAUUAAACAAGUAGCAUUGGACAGUUUUUUAUCACUAAUAAGUAAUAUUGGUGGACACCUCGGCCUGUGGAUCGGCAUGUCGACACUAACAAUAUUAGAGCUCAUAGAAUGCUUUUACGACAUUUUGAAACACAUGUGCGCAGCACUGAUAAUACGCCGGAAAAAUACUUUGAGGAAGGAAAAUACUACAAGUGGGCCUGUGCGUCAAACUCAAAUCGCUUUUCAGAACGACGAUGCAUUUUCUUAUACAGCUAGACCAUAAGGCAGUGAUAUUUGGCGUAGGAAGUUGUUUAUUAGAAGACUGUAUCAUGACGUCGGCAAUGGUCUGUGGAGAGGUCCAGGGGUAAAUCCCAUGUACACCCACUUUUUUUGGUAUUUGAUAUAGAAAUUGAUUCUACUGUAUUGACAUUAAAUAUAAGUACAUGUUACAUGUCAAAUUCGAUGCUUAACCGUUUAAAACUGUCUAAAACGGUGUUCUUCAAUAAUACAUGUAUAAUCCUUGUACAUUUGUAUUUGUGAUCCAUGCACAAUGGAUCACAAUUAUUUAGAAAGUAAUUCAG